GCCAAGUUCGCGAACCCGAAGGUCGAGGACGUGGAUCGCGUCUUCGUCGUCAGUUUCUACAGGAUGGACGACCAGCUGUCCAUCCACGAGCCGCCGCAGCGCAACAUGGGCAUCAUGACUGGCAAGUUCCUGGAGAAGGGCGUGCACAUGAACCAGAAGACGGGCCAGCUGUUCACGCCCGAGGUGCUCUCGUGCCUCGCGCCGGCACGCCAGAGUCGUGCAGAACUGGUACAAGCAAUUGUCACGGCCGCCAAGGCCAGCGGUGGUGCGUUCUGGGUGCGUUCGCUGGAUGAGUACCUGUUUGAGCUGUUCUGCUGA